AGCCACUGCCCAAAGCAAGGGGUGGUGGCCAUGCCCUGUGUCUCAGAGGUUGAUGCUGCCUUAGAAGAAGAUACAUUAUGUCAGUGAUUCAAGCAUUCUCUCCUGUCCCGCCUCCCUUUUCAAAGUUGCCACUGUUCCAACCAAAAGACACCCGUCCCUUGCCCUGAGUCUUGGUGUGAUUCUGGUGUGAUGACCUCAUGUGAUGUCCUCCGUUGUGAUGACCUAGAGUGUAAUAGCCUCAGGGCCAGUUAGAGGGACAAUUUGAAGUCCAUUACUUUUGUUAAUCAUGUAUGAACAACUACAAUACUAACUUAUUCUAGAGUAAAAUGUCAGCCCUUAAAGCAUGCUAUUAUACUCUUUUAUUCUAAAUUUUAUCACACUCUUUUAGUCUAGUUGUAUUCUAAAAAAACAGUAUUUUUAACAUGUGGGAAAUUAUGCCCUUUGCAACUGUUCAGACUUACAGUGAAAAAAAAAUUUUAAUGCUAGUUAAAAAAACAUGCAUAGCUAUAUACUUUUAAAAAAUCUUCCAGAGGCCACAUGAUCAAGAUGGUUUGGGACUAACGAAUAACCUGUAGGCGACUUUCUGAGAGCUGAGCCUACCACACUAGGACGAUACAGCGGCCAUGUACUCCAUUACAUGCUAGACUCAUUUUCACAGAGGAAAUCUGUUUCCCGUAAAGCUUUCCCACUUUCGAUGGUUGAUCCUUUCUGCUUGUCAGCUUAAAGAUGGCUCUUUGGUGGGCAGUAUGGUUUGAAGAUAAAGUACAGACUUGUGGCUGUUACUCUGAACUCUUCAGCACUCAGCUUUUUAGACUUGUUCUUGUUACAUGCCUGUGGGCCGCAGUCCCUUUUAGCCUCCAGAUGAUUCUACUAAUUAGUUGGCAUAUAUAUUCUGAUUGUCCAGAUGGUAUGAGCAGUUAACUUAAUGUUAAAUUAUCGAUAUUAUAGUUGUUAACAUUACAUUGACUUGAUAUUAAAGUAUUAAAAAUUGACAUGAGUGUGCAGGCUUCCUGGAGUAGCGUGGGACCGUUGUUCUGGUUGGUGACCAUUCUGGCACUGAGUUGGCGCCGCCCUCUUGCUUGGUCCUGUGCGCGGCUGGGAAUUCAGAGCGUCUGUUUGUUCUUCUCAGCAACAGUGUUCUAGGUGUAUGAAGACAGCUUUCACUCCUUUGCUGAGUCUUUGCAGGCUCAGCUGUUCUUUCUCAUGUGAUGUUUUGAAUUCUUUUAGUCCCUGAAUAUCUUCCAUUUUUUUCUGAAUCUCCUCUGAAGUGUGGUGCUCCCAAGAGGUCAUGCAGGUGUCCAGAGGUCACCUGUAGAAGUGUAUUACUACAGCCCCAUAGCAGGAUCCCUAUCACGGGUGUGUCUUCCCUUUACAGAGGGAGGGACAGAGCAGUGAAUGCUGAGCUUCAACUCUCCAGCCAAGCAGUAGAGGCCCUGGGGCUGGAGCCUCCAUGGGGAAGGCCUCAGCCCUUCCCACAGCCCUCUGUGCAUCACUCACAAGCACACGCUUCCUGUGGAGUUCCUGUUUAUCACAUUCUGUUUUAUUUUUUCCAGGUGAAUGUGCUGAGGGUCUUCAUGGGUUCCCCGCAUGGACUCAACCUGCGGAACGUCUUAUGGCAUGGCUUCGCAUCCCCGCAGGAGAUUCCUCCCAAGUACUGUUCAAUGAUGCUGCUGCUCAUGGUGGGACUGGGUCAGCUGCUGCAGAGUCACCUGCGACGUACACGAGCCACAUUGGCGCACCGACCUUUUGUGGCUCUGCCAGACUUGAAGGAUGCAGUCGUUUUCCCUGAUGUUACACAUGACGUGCUUUCGGUGUUAGAAGAAGGGAUGAGGAAGUCCACUUUUGUGCUGAAAAGCAUGUUGCCAUAUUGGGAACUUGCAUUAAUCAAGUUCAAGUCACACAGGUUUGCUGACUGUGCCAUUUUGUUGUUGACACAGCUGGAGGCAGGACUUAGGAAAGUCUUCGCCGGUGUCAACCAGUGUCCGCAGAGACUGCUGACCGCUGAGUCAACAGCUCUUUAUACCACUUUUGAUGAAAUCCUGGCAAAACACUUGAACGAUGGUCAAAUCAAUCAACUUCCCCUUUUCCUUGGAGGGCCUGCCAUGGAAUUUCUGUGGGAUUUCCUGAACCAUCAGGAGGGUCCCCGUAUAAGAGAUCAUUUAAGCCAUGGGGAAAUUAAUCUACUUGAGUUUCCAAAAGAAGCAGCAGAUCAGUUGCUUGCAUUUUCCAUUGUACUUUUACUCAGAUUUGUUGACGAAGACCUGUCAUCAUCAUUUCAGGGAAAAGCGGCAAUCCAGUCACUGGUGAGUCUUGCAGAAGGGUACAGCGCUCACUUCCAUCCUGUUGCUCAGCUUAAAAAACAGGUGCUGAGCUGUGAGAAGCGCAUCAGGGCCUGGCCUUGUCUGCCUCUGCCCGAAGAGGCUGAGAGGGGAGCAGCCAGAUUAGAAGGUGAUUCUGAAACAAAAGCCUGCAGUGCCUUAAUUAUAAAAAUCAUGUGUGAGCUGUGCCGCCAUGUGCCUGAGAGUCAUUGUGUUUUUGAGGACUUGGAUGAUAUUCCUCCUGAGAGGUGGCCCCAGCUGCUCGGCAGCCUCUGCAGCGUCCCGGUGCCAACCCUGUUCUGCCCCAGAGCCGUUCUGGAAGUGAUCACGGUGCUGCAGAGUACGAGCACGUGCUGCGCCCAGGUGUCCGGCCAGGUCACUGCCUCCUUGGAGCAGAGGCACCAGCUUUGGGCGGAGAGGCGGCUGCGCUCCCGGCAGAGGAGGAGCUUCCUGCACAUGUUGGGCAGCAUUAAGCUUCUGUCUUAUGCACUCCACCUGAUUUUAUUGCUGAUCGCCCUGGAAUUGAUCAACGUUCAUGUGGUUUGCGCAAAAAAUACUCACGACUAUCAGCGGUAUCUAAAGUUCUUAAAGUCGAUCUUGCAAUACACUGAGAACCUGGUGGUUUACACCAGCCCAGAGAAGAACAAGUGGAGUGGAAUUACCAAUCUCACACACACUGCUCUGUUGAGAAUUUGGACUUUCAGUGAGAAGAAGCAAAUGUUAACACAUUUAGCCAAAACCCACAAAUUAGACUGACCUCAGGAAAACACAAGUCAAGAUCUUGAGUGUGGCUGCAUCUGAGAGCCCAACCUGAGUAGACCUGACACCAUGUAAGCUGGAAACGCAAAGGCAGGUGGCUCCAGGGUUGGUCAGGGCUCAGGUGCCCUCGCCCCGCAGAUUCCGGUCUGCUCCUGAGCUGGUGGGACUACCCGGCCAACACCUUCCCUGACAUAUGGUCCCGAGGGGGCUGCUUCUCACCAGCCAUCUGUCACCAGCAGCAGGGGCUCCUGUCUUGCUGCUCACCUGCCUGUUCCUGUAGACUGCCACUGGCCAGGCCGAGCCGAUGUCCACCUUGGACCAGCCGUCAGGCACGAGGGAGGGCUUGGGCCCAUCAUGCCUCCUGAGCUGAGAAGAAGGUUGGCAGAGUCCAAUUCUCAGGGUCCGAGUCGGGAGGAGCAGCUCCUUAGGCGCAGGCCAGCCAGGGAGCCAGGUCCGGAGGGUCACUGCAGCGGUGGAGCUAGAGAGGGACCACCGGCACCGCCCAGCUUCAAGGGCCCAGCUCAGCGGUUGCCAGGGUGGUUCCCUGAGCCGGAAGCCCCCUUGGGGCUGUGCUGGGCUCAGGUCGGUGUCUGUGUUUGGCUGUGGCCGUCCUUGGUGAGUCACAGCCUCUCCCCCACCUUCCAGGCCUCCCCCGCCUGCCCCCCAGGAAGGACACGUUCAGUGUCCUUCGGUGUUCAGUGUAGGAGACCCAUGGGCAGGGGAAGUAGUACUGGGAGACAACAGACUCUAGCAUCACUGCCUCUGCCAGCUCAGCACCCACCAGCCCCUUUUAAGCUAAACUCCUGUGUAAAGACAGUGAAGACCACACUUCUGCCCCCGUGAGGCAGCUCUCUUGUGCAGUUGCCCCAGACACCGCAUACCAGCAUUUCCCUCUCGGGAUGUUCUCUGUAGUGUGCCUGCAGCCUCUCUUGGACAUGCCCUCAUUUAAAUGAUGAUUUGUGAGAUGAGCCACACCGCUGACCCUUGUGAUGCUGGCACUGGAGUGGGAAGGGGGAGGAGUAAGAGCUGGCUGACCCACAGAAGCACACACCAUGCCCACGAGGGGCGCGUGGGGCUGCUCUGCCCGAGCCGCCCCUGGAGUGCCUGCACCGCUGUUAAAGCUUCUGUGCUGGCGCCCGGAGGUUGGCCCACACCCCGCCCGCGGGAUGUGAGCCCCCGAGCCUUGGCAGCACUACUUCCCACCGACUUCUGUCCUGGGAAUGGGGUGCCUGGGUCCCCAGAGGUGUGGGUGCUCUCCCCAUUGCUCUCUGUGGGGACUGCUGUCUCCCCAAGGGAGUGGGGAGCAGUCACCCAAGCCGCUGGUCAGCCCUUCUUUGUCCCAGUUAGUUGGCAUGAGGUGUCCAGCACAGCCAGGUGGCCUCAGCCUGCGGGCCACUGUGUUCCUGUGUGAAAGUGUGCCACCCUUAGGGCUGAGGACAUCUGAAGCUGCAGUCGUGAAAUGAGCCAGUGGCUCGUUAGGGGCAGUGAGAGGAAGGCCCCCUCCAUAUGUGUCCUGGACUGUGUGCUGGCCAUUGAAGCCACCCUGUGUGCCGACCAGCAGUCGGGACCAUCCUCUUAGGCAGGCUGAGGCCCCACGGGGCAUCACCCGCAGUGCUCCACAGGGCCUGUAGGAGUCCUUGCUGCUGAAGUGCUGUAGGUGGGCUUCACCUCGUAGGAGCAGCACCGUGAGAGCCAUCACAGCAAGGCGUCCUGUGACCCCACUGACGGGAGGCUGUCCCCGGUGUCUGCAGCCAGGCUGUGUCCCUUAGUGCUGGCGGGAGCACGUGGCACGUCUGCACACACAUUUCUAGAGGGCUGCGCACAGACCUCUUGGUCCUUGUCAGAAGUCUUCACACCUUGGCCACCAAUGUCCAAUCAAACCGAUUUCCUUCCAAGACCGUGACCUGUCUUAACUUGUGACCCCAGCUGUAAAGGAGGGCAUUUGUGUCAUCUAAGCCACCGAGAUUGUGGCUUCUGCAGAAAUAAGGCAUUGACCCGGUCACUUCCCUGUGUGAGCUGCCACACCCAUGGAGGAGGACCAAGGGAAGGGCCGUGGACCACCUGAGGCCUGUCCCGCCAGGAGCGCCUCAGAGGGAACAGAAACAGCAGGGCUAGUCUGGGGCCAUGUCCCCAUGUGGCUGCAUGUGAAUGUGUGAUUUCAGGUACGAGAGCUAAAUGCUUUUAUGUUUACAUUUAAAGCUGGCUCUGCACAGUAUAAGGGUGAUUGAUACAUCAUAAUUUCAUUCAUGUUAGCAUAUUAAAGUUUAAUUUUUCUUUCCUUUGA